CCCGAUGUUUGGGCCCGAAGCCCGCACCCUGGUCCUACGCCUCGCUCAGCUCAUCACACAGGCCAAACACACAGCCAAGUCCAUCUCAGACCAGUGUGCGGAGAGCCCGGCUGGCCACUCAUUCCUCUCAUGGCUGGGCUUUAGCUCCAUGGACACCAGCGGCUCCUACCCAGCCAACGACCUGGACGAGAUGGGGCAAGACAGCGUCCGGAAGACAGAUGAAUAUCUAGAGAAGGCCCUGGAGUACCUGCGCCAGAUAUUCCGGCUCAGCGAAGCACAGCUCAGGCAGUUCACGCUCGCCUUGGGCACCCCCCAGGAUGAGAAUGGAAAAAAGCAGCUCCCCGACUGCAUUGUGGGUGAGGACGGACUCAUCCUCACGCCCCUGGGGCGGUACCAGAUCAUCAAUGGGCUGCGAAGGUUUGAAAUUGAGUACCAG